AUGGCAUGUGAUGCGAGUUUUGGCGCUGUUCAGGUGUCCAUGAGCGGCAUUGCCGUUGAAGACAGUGCAGUGCAGGAGUACAAACUCAUGAAGGGAAGGAAGACGUACUCCUGGAUGACGUUCAAGAUCAAUGCUGAGGGGACCACGGUUGUUCUGGGAGACACUGGUGGUCCAGAAUCGACCUUUGAGGAAUUUACUGCGAAUCUUCCAGAAGAUGAAUGCAGAUAUGCAGUGCUUGACUACCACUACGAGGCAAACGAGAAUCGCUCCUUUGACAAAUUGGUAUUCGUCAACUGGGCACCCAACAAUUCCACAGUGAAGCAGAAGAUGAUGAUGGCCUCAACCAAGGAUUUCUUCAAGGGGUUCCUGGAGGGCAUCCAAAUUGAAAUUCAGGCUGCAGACUUGGACGACAUCACUAUCGAGGAAAUUAAUGACGCUGUGAAGGCGAGCCUUACGAGAAAGUGA